CUUCGGUCCCAGGAACCAGUGGGAGGUCCGUGUGUGCGCACGUAGUCUUCCCCGGGUCUACCCUCAACAACAAGUCUGCGCUCCGGAGGGAGGGGCUAGCGCAGGUUUAAAUAGCAGCACAGCGCAGGAGCUUCAGAAGUGUCAGUCAGCCGCAGGUUAGAGCAGUCUGUCACAGUCUAGCAGCGGGUCUGUACAAUAACCACAGCAGCACCAUGAUGGCAGCGAGACUACCGGCCACCUCUCGGGGCUCCUUCCGGGCGCUGGGCUGCCUGUCCCGGCCCGCCCCGGCCUGCCUGGCCCGGCCCACCCCGCCCCCGGCCCCGACAGCCGCAGCGCUACAGUGCGCCAGGACCUACAGCGAAGGCGAGAAAAAUCCAGCGAACAUCGCCGGCUACCAUCCGGGCAAAGUCGACAAGUUCGCGCUGCGGGCGACACGGAAGGUCAAGAAGGGAGAGGAGUACCCGGAAGAAGUCAGUUACGACACGAUGACGGCGGCACGUGACAAGCUGAGAGUGAUGGUGGUCACGGGACUGACGGUCGCCGCGGGCGUGGGGGCCAUCUGGUUUAUCAAGGUGAGAAAACAAACAAACAAACAAACAAUAAAACAAGCAUACAAGGCGUAUCUGGAGAGCAUUAUGAAGAAAUAAACUUUAAAAAGAUGGGCUGACCUGAA